CUCUGUGUCUCUGUCUCUCUUUCUCUCUCACGCAAGAACACACUUCAAUCUCUUCUUCUUCUUGUCAUCUUUCAUUCAGAUCUCGUUUCAUAAAUUCGUGGGCAGUUCAUUUCUCUGUGAGUUAUCUUUCAAAUUGAAGCAUGUCAAUUUCCAAUUCGGAAAUGUCUGGAAACAGCAGAUUUUUUGGAAGCAUAUCUGCGUCGGUGCCAUUCAAGAGUUUGCUCCCCAGAUCGAAGCAGAAGGGGAAUUCAAACCGACGCAUGAAUUUCAGAUCUGACGCUGAGAAUGUAGCUCCGGUUGAUCCGAACAUUCGGAUUCCAGAUCCUCCCCUCUCUGCCAAAAUUUCAUUCUCCAAAGAUCCGCCACGGAAAGCCAAAAUUGAUCCUCAACCGGCAGAGCUCACCGCCUCUAUUGUCCAGGAAAAGGUCUCUGAAGUUCAGGAUCCCCCAGUCAAGGUCGUGGUGAGGAUUAAGCCAGAUGAUGAUCUUGGAAUUGGGGAAACUUUGGCGAGAAAAAUUUCGAAGGAUUCACUGGCUGUUGAUGACAGAAAUUACACUUUUGCUUCGGUGUUGAACACAAAUUCAACUCAGGAAGACGUAUACCAAUUAGUGGGGGACCCUGUGGUUAAGGAUGCACUAUCUGGUUAUAAUACAUCAAUUGUGGCUUAUGGACAGACUGGAAGUGGCAAGACUUACACAAUGUGGGGACCUCCAAGUGCCAUGGUUGAGGGUGCAGCCAGUGGUCUUCAAGGCAUUGUGCCAAGAAUUUUUCAGAAUCUCUUCUCUGAGAUUCAAAAGGAGCAAGGGAAUUCUGAUGGAAAACAAGUGAAUUAUCAGUGCCGCUGUUCGUUCCUAGAGGUUUAUGAUGACAAAAUUGGUGAUUUACUUGAUCCAACUCAACGAAACUUGGAGAUAAAGGAUGAUGUCAAGAGUGGAUUUUAUGUAGAGAAUUUGACAGAGGAGUAUGUAACCUGCUAUGAGGAUGUUGCUCAAAUGUUGAUUAAGGGGCUGUCGAAUAGAAAGACGGGCACAACAAGAAUCAACUCAAAAAGUUCGAGAUCUCAUAUAAUGUUCUCAUGCAUAAUUGAGUCUUGGUGCAAGGAAUCAUCAUCAAAGUGCUUUGGUAGUUCAAGGAUAAGCAGAAUCAGUCUGGUUGAUCUUGCUGGAUUCGAGGGUAAUACACUCGACGAUGCCAGCAAGCAACAUGUGAGAGAAGGAAAAUAUAUAAAGAAGUCUACAUCACAGCUUGGGCGCUUGGUAAACAUCGUUGCAGAAGGAAGUCAGUCAGGGAAAUCCGAAGAAGUUCCCUAUCGAAAUUCUCGUCUAACUCAUCUGCUAAAGGAGUCACUCGGCGGCAAUGCAAAGCUCUCGAUUGUAUGCGCCAUUUCGCCGCACAAAAUGAAUAGUAGUGAAACUUUAAGCACUCUCAGAUUCGGACUGCGAGCGAAGCUCAUGAAAAACGAACCUGUCGUGAAUGAAAUAACAGAAGAUGAUGUGAACGACCUGAGCGAUCAAAUCCGGCAGUUGAAGGAAGAACUAAUGCGAGCCAGGUCGAGUGCGUGUGUCGACUCUUUUAGCAGCCAUCAAGGAUUCUUCCAUAAGGGGAAUGCACGCGAGAGCUUGAAUCAACUAAGACUAAGCCUCAAUCGAUCACUUAUGUUGCCGCGCAUAGAAAAUGAUUCGGAAACAAAUCUUUCCAUUGAUGAGGAAGACGUGAAGGAGCUAAAGCUUCAUAUCGACAGUAUAAGAAACUCCAACGAGGCAGAGCAUGGAGAGAGCACCGUCUUAUACUCCGCAGAGGGUUGUGAGACAGAGUACACUUGUGAACACUAUUUAAGCUGCUCAGAUAGUGAGACUGACGAGAUUGAUUCAGGCAAGGCAGCAGCUCUGUCCGAAUCAGUUGCAUCAAUUGACGAGCCUGUUAAAAACUCGAUGAUCAUAGAACUUUCGAGGGAUCAGUCCUCCUUCCUUCCAGGUCCUGAGUUGUCCGAGUCUCCGAAAAUUAAAAUCUCCCCAAGGAAAAGCUCAGCUUUCACAUUGAAUAACCUCGAGGGUGACGCAGAAAAAGCUUCGAAUAAUCUUGAUCUGACAAGGCAGGAAAACAUUCGAUCAUCCUCCUUGAGAUCUAGCCGAAUAUUCUCAGGCCCUACUGAUUCCUUGGCUGCUAGUCUUCAUAAAGGAUUGCAGAUUAUCGAAUCUCACCAGAAGGAUGCCGCGAGAUCGUCUGUCUCCUUCUCUUUCGAACAUCUAGCACUCAAGCCAUGCCUAUCCCCUGAAAAGGCCAAUGCUUCUGUCCAGACUUCACAUGCAGGACGACGAUCUUCAGAUAAAAUAUUAGACUCAUUCGUAUGCUCGAAAUGUCGAGGCAGCAGCAGUGCAAGCAAUGGAGCCGAGAACACUUCAAAGGGCAUUGAGAAAGACUUAGUUUUGGCUGUUGAGAGAGAGAAGGAGCUGAAUAAUGUUUGCCAAGAUCAAGCUACUCAAAUCGAAAAUCUAAAGAAAAUGCUAGAGAAAUGCAAGUGCACGAAUGUAUGUCGCAGCUCUUCGAACUUUGGCCUUUUGAAGCACCCACUGAAUCCAAUCAACGAGGACGAAAAUGAAACUAAGCUCUUGACAUGGAAUGAUGAAGAAAAUUCUGAAACGGAAUGUGAGGUAAAGGAAAUUCGGGACUUGAGUAUCAGCACUAAUGCGACGAAAUCCUUUGCUCCCGAAGACAGGGAAGAGCUUCUCAAAGAGAUCGAGGUUCUUAGGAACAAACUGCAGUUCCAAACUGAUGCAACAAUGGGAAGAUCGACCGACAAGAUUCGAUCAUCGUUGCUGUCGCAAUCAAUCCAGCUGAGAAAAAGCUCUGCAUUUUCUCAAGCUAAUAGUUUGGAGGAAUUUGAGAAAGAAAGACAGAAAUGGAUGGAAAUGGAGAGCGACUGGAUUUCACUGACUGAUGAACUGAGAAUUGAGAUCGAGUCCAAUCGCCGGCGAGCCGAGAAGGUGGAGACGGAGCUGGCGCUAGAGAAGAAAUGUACGGAAGAGCUCGACGACGCACUCAAAAGAUCGGUUGUGAACCAUGCAAGAAUGAUCGAGCAUUACGCGGAGUUGCAGGACAAGUACAACGAUCUGGAAGCGAAACAUCGCGCAAUAAUGGAAGGUAUCGCCGAGGUGAAAAGGGCAGCUUCGAAAGCAGGCGCGAAAGGCCGGCAAGGGUCUCGUUUCGCAAAGGCGCUCUCGGCAGAGCUUUCGGCAUUGAGAGUCGAGCGAGAGCGCGAACGGGAAUUACUGAGGAAGGAAAAUCAAAGUCUGAAAAUCCAAUUAAAGGACACUGCCGAAGCUGUGCACGCUGCAGGCGAACUUCUCGUAAGGUUGAGAGAAGCCGAAGAAGCUGCUUCUCAGGCUGAGGGGAAGAACUCGUCGAUUCAAGAAGAAAACGAAAAGUUGAAGAAGCAGAUGGAGAAACUGAAGAGAAAGCAUAAGAUGGAGAUGAUCACAAUGAAACAGUACUUAGCAGAGAGUCGAUUACCGGAGGCUGCGUUAAGACCUUCGCUAUAUCGACAAGAUUCAGAUAAAGUCGAGCAUUGCGACGCAUUGGCAGACGACGAUCAGGCUUGGAGGGCAGAGUUCGGGGCGAUAUAUCAAGAGCACUACUAAAAUAAGUAUCGUAUUAUACGUUGCUGACCUUGCUCGGGUCUUGCGAUUCGUAGAGCCAAACCGGACUACACAAUUUGAGGUUUGCUCUCGAUAUAUUUGAUGUGUUUGAAUCAUGUUAGUUUUAAUCGUCGUAUAUUCAUUCAUUCGUGUGGCAUCGAGCUAAAACAAACUACAUGAGUUUUAAAUGACGCGUAUUUUGCUUGAUUUCUAUGGCUCGAUACGACUUGUUAGCCAUGUUAGAGGCUUUUCUAUCGUUGUACGGAUAUCUUGUUUAUGACGAAGAACAUCGAUAUACAGAAAAUGCAACGAUUUCGACAUAGUUUGAUAGAAUGAGGUGAAGUUAGUUGUAACAUAUAAAUUGGCUUUGAAUGUCAUUGCAAGUAUC